AUGGAUUCCCCUCAUAAACCCAAGUCUUUUUCCUGCAAUUUUUUCUAUCUCAUCCUUCUUCUCUCCUCCAAUCUUCUCACCUUUUUCAUUGCCACCACCUUUAAUCCUUCUUGUUAUCUAUAUAAUCAAGAAAGCGCAGGCACAAACACCAUUGCACCCAAAUCUGCACUGAACUCAAACUCUGCAACAGCUGUUCAAGAAUCCGAUGACUCUCCGGCUACAGAUUCCGACCACCUCCCACCGGAGUUCCUCGCUUUCACGUCUCCACAGGAGCUUCCAUUUGGGUUCAACACAAACUUCGACUCCGAAUACAUCAACCCCCCAGUUGGCCGGCCCUGCACCGAUUUCCCGGCCGAACUUCGCCGCUUCAUGUCCUACAAAGUCAACGGCUCCUGCCCGGACGACGAGCUCCUAGCCCAGAAGCUUCUCCUCAAAGGCUGCGAGCCGCUCCCGCGCCGCCGAUGCCGCCCAGCCGCGCCGAAGCAAUACGCCGAGCCGUACCCUCUCCCGGAAAGCCUAUGGACCACCCCCUCCGAUUCCAGCGUCGUCUGGACCGCAUAUAAAUGCAAAAGCUACGCAUGUCUCAUCAAUCGCAUGAAAACCCAGAAAGGCUUCGACGAUUGUAAAGACUGCUUCGAUCUCAACGGCCGCGAAAAAGCUCGCUGGGCCGGCACCGGCACCGGCGCCGGAGGCCUGGAUUUUUCCAUAGACGAAGUCCUGGCCGUGAAAAAGCCCGGAACGAUAAGAAUAGGGCUCGAUAUCGGAGGGGGAGUGGCGACAUUUGCUGUGAGAAUGAGAGACAGAAACAUUACAAUUGUGACAACUUCUAUGAACCUUAAUGGUCCUUUUAAUACGUUUAUAGCGUCAAGAGGGGUUAUACCAUUGUAUCUAAGCAUUUCCCAGAGGCUUCCCUUUUUCGACAACACGCUGGAUAUUGUGCACUCUAUGCAUGUUCUCAGUAACUGGAUUCCAACGACGUUGCUGCACUUUAUGUUUUUUGAUAUCUAUAGAGUUCUUCGGCCCGGGGGGUUGUUUUGGCUUGACCAUUUCUUCUGCGUGGGUGAGCAGUUGGAGAAGGUUUAUACGCCGUUGAUUGAAAGCGUUGGGUUCAGCAAGGUGAAAUGGGUGGUGGGGCGGAAGAUGGAUAGAGGCCCAGAGCUCAAUGAAAUGUACCUUUCAGCUCUGUUGGAGAAGCCAUUGAACAAUUCUUGGUGACACUAUAGUGUUAGCUCUUGGAUGGUUUUUUUU